GUUGGUGGUGAUGGUGGUGGUGAUAGUGUUGGUGGUGGUGAUGGUGUUGGUGGUGAUGGUGGUGAUGGUGGUGGUGGUGAUGGUGAUAGUGUUGGUGGUGAUGGUGGUGGUGGUUGUGAUGAAGGUGGUGGUGGUGGUGGUGAUGGUGGUGGUGAAGGUGGUGGUGGUGAUGGUGAUGGUGGUGAUAGUGUUGGUGGUGGUGGUGAUAGUGUUGGUGGUGAUGGUGUUGGUGGUGGUGGUGAUGGUGGUGAUAGUGUUGGUGGUGAUGGUGGUGGUGGUGAUGGUGGUGGUGAUAGUGUUGGUGGUGAUGGUGGUGGUGAUGGUGAUGAAGGUGGUGAUGGUGGUUGUGAUGGUGAUGGUGGUUGUGAUGAAGGUGGUGGUGGUGAUGGUGGUGGUGAUGGUGGUGGUGAAGGUGGUGGUGAUGGUGGUGGUGAUGGCGGUGGUGAUGGUGGUGAUGAAGGUGGUGGUGAUGGUGGUUGUGAUGGUGAUAGUGGUGGUGAUGAGGAUGGUGGUGGUGAUGGUGGUUGUGAUGGUGAUGGUGGUUGUGAUGGUGGUGGUACCCCCCCCAGCGCGUUCCGCGUUCGCCCGCAUUCGUUCCGUCUCGUAGCCCCCACCCGCGGUGUCACGAUGGGCGGCAGCAGCAGCGGCAGCAGGCAUCUCGCCGUGGACCUGCAACCCCAGAAGUUCGCGUGCCCUCGCUCGAUCUCCGGACACGGCAGUCGAACCCAGUGGGCACGACUCUUAAACCUCUUCACCCCCCCCCCCGGCGCCUCUGUCCACCCAGGGGAAGAAACGGGGCCCACGGCCGUGGCGGGGUAACGUGUGGGGGUCACCCUGAGGCCCCCACUCCGCACCGAGUGGCAUGACGGAGCGAUCGCUGUGUCCUCGUGUUGUUCACCAUCAGGGAACCCGCAGAAACGACUGCGGUGUCGGCGGCGUUGACGCACGCGGCUCUCUUGUUAUAUUGGUUGCCGACCCCUGGACCAUGCAAGUCCGGCUUACCAUGGGUGUCCAGUUUACCAUGGAAGUCCAAUUUACAACGAGAGUCCAGUUUCCCAUGGAAGUCCAAUUCACCAUGGAAGUCCAAUUUACAAUGGGAGUCCAGUUUACCGUGGAAGUCCAGUUUACCAUGGAAUUCCAAUAUACCAAGGGUCCCCAACCCCCUGUUAGGAACCGGGUCGCACAGCAGGAGGUGAGCAGUGAGUCCGCGCGUGGCCCGCCCCCAUUAUUUUAUUAUUUACCACGUCCGUCCCCGCCUCUUUUCCGCACUUGUCUCAGUCACAGUGUUGGUAAGCCCACAAGCUGCUAACCCCCUGCCAGAAUGAGUAAUAAACGUCGGCCAGAGAGCUUCUUUGAAAAGGGGGAACGACCCAAUGAUGAACCCCCCCUCCCCCCGGUUCGUGAAAAAAUUGUCUUCCACGAAACCGGUCCCUGGUGCCAAAAGGUUGGGGACCGCUGCAAUUUCCAAUGGGAGUCCAGUUUACCAUGGAAGUCCAGUUUACCAUGGAAGUUGAGUUUCCCAUGGAAGUACAAUAUACAAUGGGAGUCCAGUUUACCAUGGAAGUCCACUUCACCAUGGAAGUCCAAUAUACAAUGGGAGUCCAGUUUCUCAUGGAAGUAAACUUGAGAAUGGGAUUCCACUUUACCAUGGAAGUCCAAAUUACAAUGGGAGUCCAGUUCACCAUGGGAGUCCAGUUCACCAAUGGAAGUGCUCGGCAAUCUGCGGCUCUGGAGCCGCUUGCGGGUCCUUCAGGACUGUUUGGUGACGUCAUUUAAUAAGGACCACCGUCUCGUUCACAUGUAUUGUGGCUCUUGAAAUAUUAGGUUUAUUUAACCGAAUUUGAAAACAAUAGCUCUCGUUAUUUCGUUAUGUUUGUUGUAAGUGUCGGUGUGCCGAGUUGUUAAUUCCCCUCAGCUGCCUCGGGCAUGAGUGUUGUCAGUAGUGGUGGUGAUGCUGUUGUUGAUUCAUGGUGACGUCUGUCAGAGAGAAACCUGUCGAGUCUGGAGCAGUGAAAUCCUCGACACGGUCUCGUCUGUCUUACUACUGGUGUCUCAUUGUCUCUCCCAAUGUAUAUUCCCGUGUCUGUCUCAUCCCGUGUCUUUUGCCUAACUGCUCCAGUGUCUAUACUCCCGUGCGUGCUCCCGUGUCUCGCUCUAGCCUAACUCGUAUUCUCUUAUUCAAUGUCUCUUUUCUCCUUUCAGAAUCAGAAUAUUUAUUUAUCAUGGAGGAAUCCGAUGAGCUAUGAAGCUCUUUUUUCAGAGAUGUCCAGUCGGGGCGGAUCUGCAAAUCUGCCAAUGUUUCCUCCAGUAUAAGGUGGUGUAACAAUGGAGGCUUUCAUUGGAGAAUUACGGGAAGUCAGAAGCCUCACAAAUGCUGAGACGGAGUGGCUCGGACGCGUGUACCACUUCGUGGAGCUGAAUCUCCUUCCGGGGGUAGAAAAUCCUGGCGUCUCCGUGGCAACCCUGUCUGGGCGACUGGUCCGAUGUCUGUCGGAGCACUGCGCCCAAGCGGACGAGCGCCGCCUCCCCGCGACGGAAGCGGAGCGCCUCCCACUGCCGCUCGCCUACACGCUCGUGUCAAUUUCUGACCUAUGUACCAAGAGUCACCAGGCCUUCUCCAGCUCGCUGGGGCCCAGGUUCAAGCACCUUCUCUCAUGGCCACACGGCGGCGGAGGGGAGGGAGCGAGGCUGGAGGUCGGCGAGGAGGGUGGGAGGCUGGUGGGAGCGGAGGAGAAUGCCGCGCAGGCCGUUGCGGAAACCCACGAUGGCCUUCUGCCUCAUUGCUCCUUGCUGCUGUGUGGGAGGGUAACGGAUCGCUCUUCAGAGCCGGGCACCCAGCCCGAUGGCAGCUUGUUCCUGAGGGACCGCACCGGGGCCCUGCAGUGCGAGCUCUCCGACUUCCCGGCCGAGUGGCUCGGCGAGUUGGUGCUGCUGCCCUGCUGGAGCUACGUGCCGGGCGGCGAGCCUCGCGGACCCCGCCACAGCUACGUGGAGGUGCACGGUGGCCCCCUGCGCCUCGUCCCCCGAGAGGAUCCUCCGUGUCGGCGGCGGCCACGGGCGGCGGUCGCCGCCCUGCGUCCCGACAUCGCCCGCUGCCUGCUGCUCGCCUGCGGUGUGAAGCGAUCGAGCAGGGCCAAGUUCUCCCUCCUAGGCGAGCUGCUGGCCGUCGCGCCCCUGCUCUGCAUCCGAGGGAAGUCCUUCUUCGUGCUGCGCCUGGGCUCUGCCUUUUCAACCUCGUCGCAGUCGUUGGCCUCGUCGUCACUCCAGUCCGUGCUCUGCUUCGUGCAGACACCCAGCAAGCUGUUCUGGAGCAGCUGCCUCCGCCCUCAUGAGCACUACCUCAUUACCGACGUCACCAUGACGACCGUGAAUGGCACCCGGCCGGUGUUCGUAGUUUCCUCGACCUCGGAGCUGCAUCCCGCGGGCAAGGCCCACACCAGGGAGCUCGGCCUGAAAGAGGCCCUGACUGCUUGCGGCGUGUCGGGGCGGGACUUCCAGGCGAGCUGCAGGGCCGCGGCCGCCGCUAAGCCCGACAGCCUGGCACGCGAAACCGAAGGAAGCGGUUCACCCUCAAACGUCAUUUCGUACCGGGGCGUGCUCACACGCGUAAUCAACGCGCACGGCGGCUUGUACGAGCUCGACGGCGAGGUGGGCCUCUGCCUCGCCUACCAGCAGGGCCUGCACCUCGGCCGUGGCCUGCGCAUCGGUGCCACCCUCGAGGUGCACGCGGCCCACCUGGUGCGCUGCCCGUGGCCCGGCUCUCCUCGCGCCGUGCUGGUGGUGUGCGCGCUCGGCUCCGUGCGCGUCGCCUCGUUCUCGCCCCUCGUUUCGGCGUGGGCGCCGUUCCGGGCCCUGUGGAGCGCGCCGGUGCGAGCGCUGCACGCCGCCUGCCUCUCGCCCGCCGGCUACUUCCGGCUCCUGCACGAGCUCCGCAGGCUGUCGGAGAGGCUCUGCCCGGACCUGAUCGCCGAGCGGUGCCUGACGAGGUGGCGCCCCGACCCCGCCGACCGAGGCGUCGUCCACUCCCUCUUCCUCUCGCCGGGAGAGCGGGCCGAUGCACCGCGAUGCGGGAGUCCGCCCGGGUCUGCCCCGGAGUCGUGGCAGCGCGGCUGGACCGGCUGUCUGUUUCGCAAAGGCCCCAAGAGGGACGUUUACCUCGAGAUCCUGGAGGAGCCCCAUCGCUGCGUCGUCACGCAGCCCGACGAUGCGGACGACGGUCUGUGGCAGCUGCCCUCAAUGAGCGAAGUACUGAAGAUGGCCGAGGAGGAGAGCCGCAAGGUGUCAGUGGGCUGCUGUCCUGUUGGCUCCGAGCCCCCUCUGGCCAGGGAAGACUCGAGCACGGCGGCCAGGCCUGGCCACAGCGCGGAGAGCAGAAAGGCCUGGGAGUUUUCGGUUUUUGGCCCCAAACAUUUUGAACCACCGGUGAUCCUGGUGGGCGUGCUCAGAGCGAGCGUGCGCACCGGCCUCCUGCAGCUCGUCGACCACACGGCCGCCCUCGACUGCCUCGCCAUUCAGCCCGGGGGUCGGCGCCGCAUGGCAUGCUGGGAUACCGCCUUGCUCGGCUGCCUGGUUCGUCUGAGCUGCUUCUCGUUGGUGGUGGAGAGAUUUACCGAUGCUCGCACGACAGGCACUCGCCAGCACCUCACCAGGGUCUACGCUCAGUUUCACGCCGAUAAAGCUACGGUGCUCUACCGGCCGAGCGGCGGGGUUCAGUUGACGGCGGCUACCGGCAGCAGCCGCCCGGAACCCGCGCAGGCCGGGCCCGCUGCCGAGCGGCCUCCAGAGGCCCGAGAGAACGUCGGUCGCGGAGAUGAGGACCUCUCGAGCGGCAGGGCAUCGCCAACGGCCCGCGCAGCGUCGCAGCGUGCCGCCGAGCCCGGCCCAGCGGCGGCGAAGGGAACGGUUGGAGGCAGGAGCGAGGAGGGGGCUCUUCGCGUGCCACAAAAACGAGGCCGCGAGAAGAUUGUCGCGCCGGGAGCGCCCGGCGUGCGCGGAGCAAAGCGCGACGCCGCCGAGCUCGUCGGACCGGCGGCAAAAACCUCGAGGCGGGGCGACGACGACGGCGGCCGCUCGCAGGCCGCUCGUGCAGCGACGUCGCAGAACGACGGCGCGGCGGCGGCGGCGCUGCCGUCCGGUGAGCGUGCAGCGCCGCCCUCGGUCUCCGUGACAAACCCGCGCGGGAGCUCGGCGCCAGGCGGCGAUGGCGCGGCCGCCGCUGCCGGCGUCCGCCGGGAGACGCGGCCGGGCGGCCCCGCGGGGCGGAGCGAGGCCGGCGACAGCCGUAGCGGCCCUCCAUCCGGGGGCCCCGGCGGAAGGGGGUCGGUGGCGAGAGUUUUCGUCGUGACGCACAAGGAGGCGCUGAUGCUUCGCGGCGAAGAGUCGGCGCGGGGGCUGAGUUUCAACGCCACCGUGAGGAUUUUGGAGGAGACGGUGCCGGACGAGCAGCGGGCGACGCCUGACGGACCACGCGGUGGCAACGGUGGCGGCGAGCCCGGCGUGGGCAAGACGACGCAGAUGUACUUCGUUGGGGAGGCGGUGCGGUGGCACUCGAUCCUUCACCCGGGGGACGCCUACGAACUGCUGCUGCCCAGCGAGCAGGAGGCCUCCCUGUACUGCCCUCAGCCGGGCGUCCCCGCCGGGGUCCUCCAGGCCGCGGGCUGCCCUCACCUCAUCCAGCUGAUGCCCAACUGGACAAUCCGAAGCCUCGGGAGAUCCGAAAGCCCGUCACACGCGCAGUUAGAACCGCAGCCCAGCACCUCUUCACAGAGGGCAGAGGAAAGCGGUGACCAUCGUCUGGGCCUCAUGAAUAUCAGAGACGUCUUGGAGGAAAGCUGCGAGCAGCUGGUGUCGUUCACCGGUCAAAUUUCAGAGAGGUUCUGCUACCACCCGCACGAUCGCUUCCAGAAGCUGCACGACUCCGCCUCGCGCAAGCGCCUGGGCAUUUGGCUGCCCGGAGACCCCGACCUGCGGUUUGACGUGCAGGACCUGGACAGCCCCGAGCUGAGCGUCAGCGUCUACCUGGACCCGUCGCGCUUCGUCUACCCACUCGGCCUGCUGCCCGGCGCCACCGUCGCGUUCCGCCGCCUUCAGAGAUGCACGUCACGCGUGCGGAAGAAUGUGUACUGCAAGAUCUUGCCCGUGAGCAGCAUCGACGUGACUUCCUUCGCAGACGCUUCGGCCAGCCCGCUGAGCGACCCCUGGGGAGACGGAGCGCCCACUCUUCAAAUCGCCGAUCUCCUGUCGCGCGGCCAGCAGAGGGUCACGUCCGGGCGGCUCGGCUGCAGGGUCGUGCGAAUACGCUGGUUGCGCCUGCGCUGGGCCUGCGCCUUCUGCGACUCCAAUUUUGCCCAGGGCCAGUGCAGCGGAGCUUUACGUGGGACAUGCAACUCAGAAGAGGGCAGCUUCACAGCCAAAGCGAGCGUGAUGGUGGACGAUGGCACGGGCCAUGCGUUCAUGUACAUGGACGGCCUGCAGGUGGCCUCCCUCCUGGCCCUGUCUCUCCCGCAGUGGGAGGCCCUGCACCGUCACGUACUGAACACCUCCGGGGAGGCGUCCUUCAGCUACAGCGACAAGUUUUCAAGAGUCACUCUCGAUGGCCUCACGGAAAACCUCAUCCGGGCGCUCUGCUGCAGCCGCACAGUGUCCCGACCACUCUGCCUGCGCUUUCGAGUCAAAACGUGGGCACAGGAAGAGCAGCAGGAGCCACUGCGGACCUUUGAGUUUGAGCUGAAGAAGGCGGCGUACAGCACCCUCAUGCCGUGUUGGCCCAUGCUGCUGUGCGUGGGCGUGCGCGACCCCGCCGCUCACGCUCGCGACGCCGGGCGCCAGGAGUCGUAGCACGCCACAAGG